AUCACCGGGACUCCGACAUGGCCAAGCUAGCGUCGGAUCCAAACGCCUCCAACAACAACAGCUGCGAGGCGGCUAACAACAACCACAAUGGCCAGAACCAGAGCCAAAACGGAGACGCCUCCAAUUACCAGGCGCUGCCUCUUACGCCUGCUCCGGCCAACACGCCACUCCACAAGGCCAUCAAGCACGACCUCUUCCCGGAGGUCACGUUCUGCAACCUCUCCGUAGAGGAACUCACGGAUGGGGCGGGACACAGCCGUGUGGUAAGGAGCAGUGUCAUCGAACUGGAGGACGGCACCAUGACGUGCCUGAUGAACGGAAACGGGCAGGUGAAGCGGCGCAAACGCCUGAUCUCGAACGAGUCCGGCGACUCGAUCGACUCCAGUUCCACGGAGAAGAAAACGCCCAAGAUGCCCGACGGUGGAUAUGGGUGGGUGGUGGUGUUCGCCUCUCUGGUCGUGUCCCUUAUAGCCGACGGACUGAGCUUCUCAUUCGGCCUUAUAAACGUGGAACUGCUGGACUACUUCGGAGAGUCCACUUCCAAGACAGCGUGGAUAUCCUCGCUAUUCUUCUCCGUGCCCCUGCUGAUGGGACCCAUCUGGUCCAACCUGGUGGACAAGUACGGCUGCCGAAAGAUGACCAUCCUCGGCGGUGUGGUCUCUGCCUUUGGGUUUGCGCUGUCUUCGUUCUGCAACUCAAUCGAGAUGCUGAUGGUGACCUUUGGUAUCAUCUCGGGACUGGGCCUAGGCAUCGGCUACGUGACCGCGGUGGUGUCCAUUGCAUUCUGGUUCGACAAGAAGCGCACCUUCGCCACCGGCAUCGGAGCAUCGGGCACCGGCAUUGGGACCUUUGUCUACGCCCGCCUAACUUCCUAUCUAAUCGAAUCGUACGGCUGGCGCGGAGCCACUCUAAUCCUUGGCGGCACCAUGCUCAACGCAUGCGUUUGCGGUGCCCUGAUGCGCGAUCCCGACUGGCUGAUCGAGGAAAACCGACUAGAGAGUCGAUCCCAAAGCGUCACCACCUUCUCCAACUCCAGUGUGUGCCUGGAGGAAAUUAAAAAGCUGCUGGACACCGGCAUCACAAAGGAGGCCGUGCUAGACUCGCUGGUGACCAAGAAUAACACGGAAGCCAACCAGCAGAUUGACGAUCCCUUGGACUCCGCCCUCAAGCGCUACCGCAGCGAGAUCUUCCUGCCCACCUUCCUGAGCACUCAGGAGCUCGACAGCAUCUGCGAGGUUAAGAGCCUGAGCCGGCGCUCCCUACGUCACAAGGAGGGUGCGGAGGCGCCGUCACGCGAGAACCUGCUGUCCAUGUCCUCGGGAGCAGGUGCCUAUCCCCCAUCGACUGCCGUGAUAGGCUCGCCCGAUGAUACCCUAAUGGGCGGAAUAGCUCAAGAGGCGGCAGAGGAAGCUAAGAAGGCUUACCUGGCCUCCAUCGAGACGCUGUCUCCAUCGGAAAAGCGCUCCACUGGUGGGACUCCCAAUGGCUCCCUCCGCUCCUCGGACGAAGGCUACCUCACGCAGAAGCACGCCAGCUCCCGGUAUUCGCUUAACGAAAACAUCUUCAUGGCCAAGCAUACAACACCAUCAAUCUCCAACCUAAAGGUGAAUGGCUUGCGACACAAUUCGGUGGACAUCUUGAGCGAGGACAUGCACUGCUACUACUCGAAGGACGAGACCUUCGCAUUGCUGGAGCCGAACAGGCGCAUCAGGCCCACCGUCAUCGCCAUUCCGGAACAGGAGCAAUCGGUGAACAGCGAGUUGGCCACCCGUCGCGCCCGCCUGGACAGCAUCACCGGAAUCCGCCGGCUGUCGCGCUCCAAGAAGCCCAGCCACCACCGAUCGAACCUCCGCCGCAACAUCUCGAUCCGGAACUCCAACUUCCUCAAGGACAUGCGCAUUCACCGCAACUCGAUCCACUACCGCGGGGCCAUGCUGAACACGCAUCGCUACCGGCUGCGCGCCUCCUCCUGUCCCAACAUCUACCGCAACUCGAUGACCACCAUCGCCAAAGAGGAGGAAGAUACCUGGUAUGACAACUUCGUGGACACCAUGAAGUCCAUCUUUGACUUUUCCCUCUUUCUGGACAUGAAGUUCGCCCUCUUCAAUCUCUCCACAUUGUUUUUGUUCAUUUGGUUCAUUAUCCCCUAUCUGUACCUUCCCGAUUACAUGAAGCAAUACAAGUACGACGUGAGCCAGAGUGCCGAGUUGAUUUCGGAUGUCGGCAUUGCCCAGACGGUGGGCAUGAUAGGACUUGGCUAUCUGGGGGAUCUGCCCUGGAUGAACAUCAACAUAUGCUACUCGCUGUGCAUGCUGGUCUGCGGAGCGUCUGUGUUCUUCAUGCCCCUGCUGAUCACAAACUACAUGGGCCUGAUGGUCAUGUGCGUUAUUUUCGGAUUUACGUUCGCCAGCUCUUUUUCGUUUACGCCCAGCAUUCUGGUCAGUAUUGUGGAUCUGGACGAUUUCACGUGUGCCUACGGUCUGGUGCUGCUGGUUCAGGGAGUAGGAAUGAUCGCAGGACCCCCUAUUGCAGGCGUCAUAUACGAGUAUACGGGCAGAUGGGAUGACACCUUCUAUUAUGCUGGAAUAUUUAUCGCACUCUCCGGUGUCUGUUCGUAUCUGAUCGAGUUCUGUGAAAAGAAAGCACCUAAGGAGAGUGACAGUGAUGUCUUAGAGACUAAAAAAGCUCAACUUUUACACUAGGUUACUUACAUUGCACUGUUGAACGCCGCAAGUAGAAGGCAACUGGAGGUAAUACCAAUCCGAACUGUAG